CUGCCAUCUACAGUUUGGCGUUAAUCAUACCGGAUGAGUUCAUGGAGGUACGAGGAGUCUGAUUUCUGUUUUCCAGUUAUACAAACAUCUGGAAAGCCGAGGUUCUUUGCAAGGGCCGGCUCGGUGUCUACUGCAAAUCAGGCUGUUAACAGUUUGACCCUCGCUCCUACCAGCAGGUGGCAGAGGAGACCAGCUCUCUCUCACCUGUGACCUUCUUCUGCAGCUAGAGGGGUCAAACAACCACCCCCUUCCCUCAAAACAAAAACACUAUGUUCCCGUCGCCACACUAUUAUGGACCACACAGAGGCAGAGAAAGAAGGCUGAAACACAAGGCAGCAGCUGCACACGUGGAGCUGGAGGAAAUCAGCUGUUAUUUCCAGUAAAGAAGGGUAUUGCCGGUGUUUAAAAGGAGGCAUUACAAACAAACUCUGUUCAGAGUGGACAUAGCCGUGGACAUAGCCGUGGACAUAGCCGUGGACAUAGCCGUGGACAUAAUGGACACUAUUGUGUGUCCGAUGGGUGGGGGGGCCACCAGGCUGUACAGCGCCCUGACUCCGCCCCUCAGCAGCUCUCCUCUCCCCCCACCUGCAGUCACAAACCUGGAUCCAGCGUUCUGUCAGGAGCAGAAGGGGGCCCCUGUGUGUCCCGCAGAGCUGCUCAGACAGUGUGAGGAGGCCCUCAGGGGCCGAGCGCCUCGCUUCCACAGGAAGUUCACUCAGUUGCAGGAUGGAGGCGGCGCCCCCAGCAGCUCCAUCAGGGUGAUGCAGUGGAACAUACUGGCCCAAGCUCUUGGCGAGGGGCUUGACAGCUUCGUCCAGUGUCCCCCGGAGGCCCUCAGCUGGUCCCGCAGGAAGUACCUCAUCUUAGAGGAGAUCCUCACCUACCGCCCUCACAUCCUGUGUCUGCAGGAAGUGGACCACUACUACGACACCCUCCAGCCGGUCCUCGCAGGCCUGGGCUACAGCAGCAACUUCUGCCCCAAGCCCUGGUCUCCCUGCCUGGAUGUGGAGGGCAACAACGGCCCCGACGGCUGCGCGCUGUUCUACGACGAGUCGCGUUUUGAGUUCCUGGACAGCGUCAACCUCCAGCUCUCCGCCAUGAGGAUUCCAACCAAUCAGGUCGCCGUGGUGACGAUGCUGCGCUGCCGUAGCUCGGGGAGAUGUGUGUGCGUGGCGGUGACCCACCUGAAGGCUCGCUCCGGCUGGGAGUGGCUCCGCAGCGCGCAGGGCUCCGACCUGCUGAGACAGCUCCAGACUCUGGUCCAGAAACACGCCCACGACUCUGCAGGCGCCCAGACUCUGGACAUUCCUCUGCUCAUAUGUGGAGAUUUCAACGCCAUCCCGACUGAGGAGGUGUACCGACGUUUUGCCGCAUCGCCUCUUGGUUUGGACUCCGCCUACAAGAGGCUCAGUGAGGACGGUUCCACUGAGCCGGAGUACACAACGUGGAAGAUCCGUCCUACGGGUGAGUGCUGCGCAACCCUGGACUACAUCUGGUACAGUCGGGACACACUGAGGGUGGACGCAGUUUUGGACAUGCCCACAGAGGAACAGAUUGGGCCCAACAGGCUUCCGUCCUUUAGCUAUCCGUCCGACCAUCUCUCUCUGGUUUGUGACUUCAGCUUUAAGGAGAAGGAGUGAGGUGAAGCAGAAGAUGAAGGGACGACACUGAGAAGAGAAACUGUGGCUCCUGGUUGGCUUCUCUCCACAAGAAAGCUUCAGGAUGUGACGCCACGUGGGAGCGAUGAUGGAGACAGGACACGGAGAACUAGAGGGGAGGUUGGGAAUUGCAACUGGAAUUGAAAAGUCUGAUCACUUUACACACAGAAGUUGCGGAGAUACACACUGCAAAAAAAUGCAGAUGCAAAUCUACCUCUUCAAAGUGUAACACUAUGCGAUAUCUGCACCAGGUUACUGAUCUGGACCUUCAUCAGUACUGAAACACACAUUUAAAAAUGUACCAGUAUUGACGAUAGCGGUGAUAUUUAAAUAGUAUUGGAUGGUGAUUGUUCUUGCAUUUAUAUUGUGCCUUUUAUAGUCCUCCUACCACUCAAUGCGCUUUAACACUACCCAUUCACACACUCUUUCAGACGCUAAUGGCAGAUCUAGCCACACACCGAUGGCUAUAUCUUGGGGGGAUUUGGGGCCCAAGGACACUUCCACAUGUGGAUUUAAAGAGCCGGGUAUUGAAACUGUCACACACAGAGGACUGUAACUUCAUUACCAAAAAAGAGAAAAUACAAUAAAAUGUAAAGAGGAAUUUGCUUGUUUUAUUUUUAUAAUAUAUAAGAUAUUUUGCCCACGAUAAUUGUGUAGUGAAAAUCUCAUAUCGUGUCAUUCCUAACACAACACUAAAAACUAGUAAAUGUUGUGUUUCACACUGCCAUUGUACUACAGAGUGAGAAUAAAGUUUUCUUGCUGUGUGGUUUAUAUUGAG